AUGAAGGAGGCUGAUAUUCAAGUGGGCGCUCACAUAAUCGUAUCGUACUCUGUUUGUGCGCUUGAGCUUAUGAUGAUAGUUUCCACGGUCGCUUUCUGUGCUACAGUGUUUGCAGGCCAUACGAAGGUUUCCGAUUCACCCGAUGCUGCUACUUGGGCUCUUGAAUCAUAUGGAGGCGAUGCGAAGAAAAAAAGUAGUCUCCGAACACCGCCAGCCGUCAAGGCAAGUCUACUGGAAGGACUAACGUGUGGGUUAGACGAAGUACUGCUUUUCUCAUGA